GAAUUCGCUGUGCCCCAAGCCGCCUUACUCGCUGUGCAAACUCCGUGACUGCUGCUGUUGCUGCUGCUGCUCGUCGCAAUCGCAUAUGGACAACUAAAAAAGCGGUCAAUAGAUCUACAAAUCUCAAACUCAACAUGUUGAAUGGGUCACUAAUAAUACUGGUGCUGUGCGUGUUUUGUGCCACAAUUGAUGCCACGCCCACAUCGUCGAGACUGGCGCGAAGUGCUCAUCUUCACGAGGAUGUGCAACUUCUGCAUCCACAUGUCAUAACCAUCGAGCGUUUGGAGCAUUUGCUGCGACGUGCCGGCGAAAUCUUUGGUCCUGCUGUUAUGCAGAACGAGGAUGCACAGACGUCGGCCAGCGAAGUGCAACCUCAGAUUCAAAUUCACCCUCAACCGAAUCCGCAGCCACAGCCUUACAUGCUGCCACCCACAGAGCAACCUUACAACUUUUAUUUACCACUCUUCGACUAUGUCGAUCCCAAGCUAGAUGCCAAGAGCAAGCGCAUGGAGAAAAUUGCGCCACCUCCACAUCGAGUGCAGCAGGAACGCAACUACUACGCGGAUAAGCCAAAGAAGACGCCCAAGAAAUUCAAUGCGGAUGCCAAGCACAUCAAUAUGAAGUGGCUUAACACCUACGAGAAGGCAAUGGGUGGCAAUGCGCCCAAGGCUGUCUACUUGGAGCAGGACGAACGUAGUCGCAUCAAUUUCGAUGAUUCAUUCUUUGCCGUGGACAUGCACGUCAAGACGCCCGACAAUCAGCCCCACGUCAAUGUGCCUGGGGAGCUCAUGCAGCACGGCGAGCAGCUGCCCGAGGAUGAUCUAAUGGCUGCACCUGCGCAUCAGCUUGCAUACAACUUUAAGCCAACUGGAGCCUAGAACAAGAUCAAGUUCAGAUCAAGUGUUAUUUAAUUGUAGUCAGUUACAUAAAUGCAAAAUAUAUCUAUAUAUUUAUAUGUGUGUGGAGUUAAGUUUCCCAGUGUAAACAGAAAAGAAACAAGAUUAAGUGAAAAGUAAUUAAAGAACGAACUUGGAAUUCUGAUGUGACACGCUUGCAGUUGAAGUAUAGAGAAAUGCCGAUGCAAUUGGAAGAACUAUACUGUGCUUAAAUUGCAUCCUUGUAGGUCUUGACCCAAUGCUCUCUCCUAGACCAAAGUAUUUGAAACACUUUAAUU